ACAUUCAUCAUCAUUUCUCAAGCUCUCCGUAUUUCACUUAUCUACGUCGCCAUCUGCAGGCGUCCAUUCAUUUUCAUUCCUAUAUACAUGAUAAAUUCUCGGAACCACUGAUCUUGUUUAUACAUCGUUACUGACAUCUCGGUAUCUAUAGGCUCAUCGAGCACUUGGAAUGUCACCGUUUAAGCAUCCACCACAUCUUAUUCCCAGUCCAGAACAGGACAUAAUAUAUAGAGGAUGGGUUUUGAAAAAGAGAAGAAAAAAGAUGCAGGGCUUUGCGCGCCGCUAUUUUGUCCUCCAUCAGUCAGGAAUACUCUCUUAUUCUAUCGAUCCCAAACGUCCGACUCGUGACCAGAUUUUCCUUCCUCAAGCUGCUAUUUCCACUGCUGCUGGACGGAGAGACAUACACAUAGAUUCCAGCAAUGCAACUUUCCACAUCAAAUGCCUCAGUAUGGAAGAUUUCAGUGCAUGGAUGACAGCAUUCAGGCAUAAGGAUCAUCACAAGGAUGCAGGUUCAGUUUUUGGCAUAUUCAAAAAGUGUACGUGUCCCCAAGUACACAGUGAUGUGGCGUUAAUUCAACUGUACACAGCUGGCGCAAACCAUCACGAUAAUAUCUCUUCUUACAUGAACUCCGACUUCUUACCUCACUCACCUUUACAACGGGUUUAUGAGGUGCUGGGGUCUCUGAAGUCACAGCACGCUGCACUUUUGAAAUCACUACAACCGCUACAUCUCAGUGACACCACCCCAACCACAGCCCGUGGCUCUCCCCUCCCCUCCACAGCAGAAGUUGUGGAAGAACCUACUUCAUAUUCCCGACUAUCCACUCCAUUAACCAGGCUAUCUCAGCGGGCAUCUUGUGCAACUAGCCUUAGUGAUGGCACUCCCAUAGAAUGGUUUGAUGCUCAAGAUGGCGGUGAAGAGUUCUUUUUGGAGGACAUGACCCCAGAAGAAGAGAGAAAUGGCCCUGUGUUACAAUCUGAUAGUAGCUUACAGGAUUCUGACUCUAGUGAAGACACCCACGAGGAAGAAAUUAUGACUCCUCAACAAUCUGGCGAAAUGGAUCCGUCCAUCAAAGCACGAGAGGUAGUUAGGAGAACCCAUCUACCGUCUGGGCCUGUCGGCGACGAAGGAAGUUUAUUUUCUAUGCUCAAAAAAAAUGUUGGAAAGGAUCUUUCUGCUAUCGCUUUUCCAGUAUCUUUCAAUGAGCCUCUUACGCUUCUGCAGCGUAGUGCUGAGGAAGUAGAAUACUGCGAUCUCCUUCGACAGGCUGUUGAAGCGACCAAUCCAGUUGACCGGAUGUGUUACGUCGCUGCAUAUGCAAUAUCUGGAUACGCUCAUACACAGCACAGAUCAAGUAGGAAAGGCUUUAACCCGAUGCUAGGUGAAACGUUUGAGGACGUGCGAAUGAAGUUCGUAGCAGAAAAAGUCCAACAUAAUCCAGUUGUCAUCGCCUAUCAUGCUGAGGGUGACGGAUGGGAGUUAUAUGCAACCACCGCGGGUAAAACCAAAUUUUGGGGAAAAAGUUUAGAGAUUAUUCCUUUAGGUACUACCUACCUCAAAAUUCAAGGAGAUGAGUUUGAAUGGAAUAAACCAUCAUCGUUCAUGAGGAAUAUCAUGGUGGGCACAAAGUAUCUAGAGCAUUGCGGCAAGAUGGACAUAAAAAAUACAGUCGACGGAUCUAGCUGCGUCAUCGAUUUCAAACAAAGCGGGUACUGGGGUUCUUCCAAUGAAAUUUCUGGAACCGUCCUUUCGUCAACCGGAACGGUAUUGGCCCGUAUAGAAGGAAAAUGGGACGAGCAGAUAGCGCAAGCUUUGGAUUCCUCCCAUCUUCGCGUUCUUUGGCGUAUAACCCCAUUUCCAAAACAAUCGCCGGAAUACUAUGGGUUCACUUUGUUCGGAAUGACGCUGAACGAAAUCACGAGUGACUUGGAGGGGAGACUUCCGCCUUCAGAUUCGAGGUUCCGGCCAGAUGUGAGAGCUCUUGAAGAAGGUGAUAUAGACAAGGCUGAAAGCGAAAAGACAAGAGUAGAAGAGCUGCAGAGAGAAAGGCGAAGGCGUGGUGCUGAUAGGAAACCGAGGUGGUUCAAGCAAGUCGGGGAUGAGUGGAGAUAUAUUGGUGGAUACUGGGAGUCUCGGGCACGAGGCUGGAAGGAUUCGCCAGUAGAACCACUCUGGUGAUAUUUGUGCUCCUGAUGGAAUCACGCUUUCUGCCCACUCAUUUCACUAAAUCUCUGCUGGGUUAACGCGUCGGUAGAUAACGCACAGCACUAUUAAAAGUAUUGUGCGUUGGUACUACAGUCGACUCCCUAAUAACAAUAACCCACGCAUUCUAAACGUCUACCCGUCCACCAAUUGCUAUGGGGAGUCGACUGUAGUGAGACACAAUGUUACGCCAUGCCUCACGACGGAAGUAUAAUACUUACGGAUGGUCACGUGAUUGACACAUUCGAUCUGAAUAUUUUGAAAUUUGAAUGGUUGCC